UUAACGGCUGUUAAGAGAAGCCAGUGAGCUGCAGGAGAAAACUCGCAUAACAUGGGGGUUUCAAUCAACAUCUCACAAGGGUGAUUCGAACCAGCAAGCGUAUGUAUGGAGGACCAGUACCUCUCUGCUAUCCCUGCAGAGCACUUUCAUACUGAUUUGUAAUCUCCGCCUCAGUGACAUCAUUUCUUUGUCGGAGGAAAAGUUUCGUUUUCCGAGGAAACCUCACUAAAGUGACUGACGCAGUAGGAUUUUGACGUGUUUUCUCGCCGUCGGGAUGGACAAGCUCCAUUUGCUAAGUGACCAAGAUGUUGCCACAGGAGAUGCAAUCCCAGAUAAUUCUUAUUAUAAAGCAGACACCCCAAGUCAGCCCUGGGCAUCAGCGCCACCUGAGGAGAUGAUGGAUGCUGUACCAGGAUAUGAGGGGAUUGGAGCCAGCGGGGGUUGUGUGCCACCUCCCGCACAGGAUUUUCCUCAGACCCCCUCUCCGGAAGGCCAGAACAGAUCCUGGCAGAUUCCCUCUAUUGGUGAAGAAAUGGCAAAGGAGGCUUUUCUGGAGUAUGUGUCCAGCAAGUGCUGCUACCGUAGUAACCCCGCUAAGCAAAUGUCCAUAAUGGACAUGCAUCCCCUUAAUACCUAUAGGUACCGGCUGGUAACCUUUACCGAGACCAGAUCUAUGGACUGGGCCACUGAGCCAUACAAUGGUGGGAUCGUGGAUGGGGGUAUGGGACAUGCACCAGGUCCGUGGGAUAUCGCUGUUUCAUUUUCGGCUCUUUUUGAGGAUGCAUCACAAGACAUCCGUGUCCCCUACACAUCCACUGUAAAAGGCUGUGAAUCCUGCUUGGCUCUGGGUAGAAUAGCUUGUACGACAUGUACAGCAUCAGGAUAUGUACAGUGCUCGUCUUGCGGUGGAUUGGGAAGAGUCAACUCAGCAGCGCAGCCUUGUCCUCGGUGCUCUGGUGUUGGCCGGGUCAAAUGCACUUCUUGUUCUGGAAUUGGCACACAGACAUGCAACACCUGCAAAGGAAAACGACAGCUCGUCACUUACCUUAAGCUCACGGUGAAAUGGAAAAACAACGUAUAUGAGAGUGUGGCAAACAAGCAAUCUGGCUUCCCGACGGAAAAGCUCAGCCAAGUCACAGGGGACACGGUGUUCAGUGACAUUCAGCCUCUGGUGUACCCUGUUAUUGGGUUUCCGGACAACGACAUCAACAGGGCUUCAAACGAAGCUGUAAGGCUACACCAGGCCCAAUUUUGCUCAACUGGCCGUAUCCUCCAACAGAAGCAGACCAUUGAGCUAAUCCCCAUCACCCGGGUUCACUACUGCUGGAAGGAAAAGACCUACAUCUACUUUGUAUAUGGGGUAGAGCACAGGGUCCUCACUGAUGACUAUCCUGGAAAAUGUCUCUGCUGCUCUAUUUUGUAAAGAAAAGAUCUCGUGUUUUAGAAGUUGUCCUGGCUGUAAGCAUUUUAAGAAAAUGACUCUGUGAUUUAAGUCAACCUGAACUCAUGUUGAAAUCUCAAUGGUUUGCAGUUUUACGAGUUAUAUGUCUAGUAAUGAGCAAAAGUAUUCGGCAGUCAAAGAAAUUUUUUUUUAAGGCAAUUUAUCUGGACAGUAAGUGUAUAUCUGCUCAAAAAAUAACACAAUUCUUCUGUUCUCCAAAACGUUACUGAUGUCCAUUUGGAUGGUUAGAUGAUCACUGCUUCCGUUUCCAAACCUCUCCUCAGGGGCACCCCAGCCAUUCCACAUAUUUGUUAAAUUUCACCACCAGCUCAAUUAAUCAAUUAACUUAAUUAGAUAACUCAGUGAGGUACUUAUUUGCCAUAUGAAGUUGAGUCAAAAGUACAUGGGAUGAAUUGAUUGGUUGCUGCGAAUACUGGGGAGACUUAGGAGAGGUGUUACAAUGGCUAAGCUGACAUACUUUAAAAGACAUAAUAUUGUAGUUUCACACCAAAAUGAAGAUCAUUUAAAGAUAAUUUUCUUUGACUGCCCAAGACUUUUGCACGGUACUGUAUAUUAUGGUUACGCCGAUAUGUGUGCCAGACUGGCCAUGCCCACAACGCAUAAAACAUUCCUAAUCUUAAACGCAUUUAGAGCCAUAGGGUUUUUAAAUUUCCUUUUUUGUUUGUUUUGUUUCUGCUUGAUAAUUUUGACAAUCUGUUUUAAAUACAUUCUGUUUACAUGACUGAUGGAAUGUAGAUAAUGUACAAGGACACACUCACACAUGCAGUCACCCAAGAUGGAGGUUUUUGGACUGCAGAUGAAUAUCAAAUUUGGAGAAAACCCACACAAAUACAGCUCUGGAAAAAAGGAGACCACCGCUAAAUUUCCAGUUUCACUCAUUUCUAAGUCUAUGGGUGUGCGUCUGUGCAAAAUAUAGUUGCGAGCUCCGGCCUGGCUCUUCCCUGCUUCUCAUUCAUGAAGGGCUUCUUCCUUACUUUUUGGGUCUUCAGUCCUGCUUCUAGGAGCUUGUUAUGAACUGUCCUAGCAGUGCACUUUACACCACUUAAUGUUUCCCAUUCCUUUUGAAGAUCACUUGAUGUCAUCCUCAAUUCAUGAGACACUGCCGAUCAUCUCUACCAUUAGAAAGUCACUUCUGCCCUCUACCUGGCUGGUUUUUGGUUAUUGCCAGAGUCUCCUGCUUCACCUUAUUAUUGUGUAGUGCCAGCAGAAUCAGAUUUAAACCAGGACUUAAAAAUGUAGAUUUAUUUUAAAUGUAGAGUGUCCUCUUAUUUUUUUUCCCCCCAAAGCUGUAUGUGAACUCCGAACACAAAGACAGGCUGGGAAAUGAACCCACAACCCCAGAAAUGUGAGGGUACUGGCCUAACUUCUGUGCCAUUUCUCUGAUAUAGUUUUUGAAACAGAUAUAUUUUUAAAUCCAGAUAUAAUAUGCAAUUUUUUAUUCAGUUGUAAAUCUUGAUUUUUAUUAGUCUUUUUAGGGAAACGUCAUACAUGCAUACAGUAAUCUCCAAGAAUGGGGGAAAAAAUCACAAAAGAAAAAACUUGAGUAGCUGAGCCUCACAAUGUACAUUCACUGCUCAUUUCCUCUUUUAUAUUGUGGCUAUACAAAGGUCCAUUUAUUUUGGUAAAAACUAACAAAGCAAUGGGCUAUUUAUGGGACUCAAUAGGAGUAAUUAUUAGGUUGGCAGAAAGGAGUGUUUUGACUUAUAACUGAGACCUUGCCCCUUUGCCAACAAAUUCUUUCUCUUACUGCUGUAUAUUAAUCUUUUAUUUACUUGUGUUCACUUUAACAGUCAAGUAUUCACAGGAUGUUUGUUUGUCAAUGGUUUUUUGGAUAUUUAUUUAUUUUGAAAACCAGUUCCCAUUGUAUCUGACUGUUGGAAGAACAUGUGUGAAAUGAUUGAUUAUAAAGAAUAAAACAAAUUGUGCUUUAAA